UAUAUAUAUAACACAAUACAAUUAGCAGAAUUCAAAUUCAUUCAAGAAAUCAAGGUGGUGAUUGCUCAAAGAAGCAUAAAUGGGUCUUGGGACUUUGCCAUUGACUCCACCUUAUUGUACAAGUUUCUCUUCAAAGUCAGGACUUGUACAUAAAAAUACCUAUAAUUGCAAUAGAAGCAAAACAUUCAUAGUUUCAGCCAAACAAGAGAAGAAGAAGGAAGAAGAUAAGGAUAAACAAUCUUUCUUUACCAGUGUAACUGAUGCUCUUGAUUUUGCUCAACCGAGAUCCGUAGAAGAUGCUCGCCUUAUACAAGAUGCUAGAGAAGCCACACAAUCUGGAGAAAAGAUGAGCAGAGAACAGUAUGGAGCUCUUAGAAGGAAAAUUGGUGGAACAUACAAGGACUUUUUCAAAUCUUAUGUUGAAGUGGAUGGAGCAUAUGUUGAAGAGGGUUGGGUAGACAAAACAUGCAAGGUGUGUAAAAAGGACACCAAGGGUGAAGCAAGGCAAGUGGACAAGCUUGGAAGAUAUGUUCAUGUAGCAUGUCUUGAAGAGAAGACCAAAACUGGAAACUUCUUUACAAGACUCUUCUCAUUAUGAUCAUAGAUGUUUUGUUAUUAUACAAUCAAUACAAGAAUUAAUGAAAAAUGAUUAUAGUUUCCUCUUUGGUCAAA